AUGUCUGCCUCCGGAGACUUUGGGCCAGCGCCCCCAGGCGUCGACCUCUCGGAGAACCAAGAUGGCUCCAUGCUGGGAGCGGUCAUUACCCUAAUCAUCCUGGGGACACUGUCAGUCGUAUUGCGGAUAUACGCUCGGACUGAGUUCAAGAAGUUCCAAUUUGCUAUUGACGAUUAUCUGAGCUUUGCUGCCUUGUUAUUUGCCUACUCGCUCGGGAUAUGUGUACUCAUUAGCGUCAAAUACCGCAACGGACACCAUAUCCAAGCCCUCACCAAGCACGAAUUCACUGUCAUUUGGAAACUUCUCUACGCCCACGUGAUGCUAUACGCUUUCUGCGUGACCUGCACCAAAACGUCCAUUAUCAUGUUCUAUAAACGCAUCUUCAACCUCCGCUACUCUCUUUACUUCGCUAUGUUCUUUAUCCUGAGCUAUUUCAUAGUCAUCAUCGUCACAAUCAACGUGGCCUGCGACCCCAUCCCAUACUUCUGGGAGCAAUACACCGACCCCGAUACCGCUGUCGGCAGCUGCAUCGACAUCCCCAAGUUCUUCUUCGGAAACGGCAUCGCGGCAGUUAUGAUCGAUAUUGCGAUUCUCAUCAUUCCGAUCCCUAUUACCUGGAAACUACAAAUGCCGAAGACUCAGAGGUUGGCCGUGAUCGGGAUUCUAUUACUGGGUAGCUUUGUCUGCAUCGCAGGUAUCGUCCGGCUCGUCUUCCUCAACCGAAACACCCACUCGGACGACGCAACCUGGACCGUUGCGCCCGUCUUCGUAUGGUCCUGCGUCGAGCCCUCGAUCGGCAUCGUCUGCGCAUGUCUCCCGACAUUAUCCCCGCUGUUCCGUCGUUGGUGGUCCAGCAUCGUCACCGGGAAGUCGGGAAGCGCCAGCGCGAAACAGACCGCCUCGGGGUAUAAUCUGGGUAGUCGGAAAUCGCGACUCACGAGUCCAAGUAUGACAUGGACCCAUGGAGAUGAGGUCGAGCUAGUGGAUACGGUGAUCGAGCGCAAGUCGACCUCCCUGCAACGGAAAGGGAGCGAGGGGAAUUCCUCGCGACAUUCGGGGAUCCGAGUGAGAGAGGAAGUGACGAUCAGUUACACGGCGGUUUGA